AUGGCGAGGCUCAUUCUUGUUUACGCCUCUCUCUUUCUUUGGGUGGCUCUGGCAGUUGCCCAGUAUGAUUACAAUAACCUUCUGAAGGGUUGUUACCAAGGACGGUCUGAUGACUUCACUGUUGGUGGGCUUGCCAGUACUCAGCCACAGCGCGAGAGGUGUGCCCUCGUAUGCUCCCAGCGAGGUAAUAACUUUGUUGCAUUUGGCAUCUACAAUUGCUUUUGCGCCAAAAAUGAACCUGCUAGCACCAACAAAGUCGACAUCAAUCGCUGUGAAGCGCAAGGUCUAGAUGGAUGGAACGCACCCAAGCUUAGAAAGGUUGACCGCAUCGAAGACGUCUUUGUUGUCUUCAACAUUGAUCCCAAAAGGAAGAGCGACGACUCAAAGAGUGCCCCUCAAGAUGAAGCGGAAUCACCAAAAUCGGGAUCGCCUGCUGCGCUUUCCCCUUCAGCUGGUCCCAGCAGGCCUCUCGGAUGUUAUCCAGGCUUGCCACUUGAUGUUGAUCUUACCAAGAUCACGAUCACUGAAGAAGAGCGUCGUGAGUGCGCCAAGUCAUGCGGCGAAGAGGGCAAAGCUGCUGUUGUCUUUAGUGGUCUCAAAUGCGGCUGCACCGACAAUCCCCCAAAGGCUUCCACUCGGGUCGAAGACAUCCGGUGUGCCCUUCAAUCUACAAAAGAACUUUAUCGCACAGACCUUGUGUACAGUGUAUGGAGCAGUGGAGUUGGGGUCGAUUUGGAAGGAUACAAACCCAAGUUGAAAGACCAUUCACAUAACCCUAGCGAUAUCCCUACCGAUCGAUCUGAACUAAUUCAUGUUUCCGGGCCUGGGUGCUACAGAAACGAGCCACCACGAAACGAUAGCAGCUAUAAGGGUCUGCAAUCAAACUGCCCUGAAACCUGUCGUCGCUUUUGUGAGAAGUCCAACAAGAGAUACAUGUUUCUGCAAGAGACGGAUUGCUGGUGCUCGAAUGAAUACCCAGGUGAACUGGAGGAACUCAGCGGUGAUCAUUGCGACAUAAAAUGUCCUGCAGACCAGCUCUCCCUGUGCGGAGGUCAUUUCAGCUACAGUGUUUAUGAUCUCGGAACCCAGUCGAGGCCUGCCUCCUUGUCAAAGAAACCAACCGGAGAAUGCUUCUCUAGCCGUGCCCUGACUUCAAGGCAAGUCAUGGGCAUUAGCAAUCGCAAAGAUUUCCUUGGGGCGUGUGUUAACCGCUGCAAGGAUAUUGGGGAGCCUAUCGCAUUGAUACAUGAAUCUGACUGCUGGUGCGCCGUAACAUAUCCUCAUCACACGUACUCGUCUGACUUGGAGUCUUGCGAUCUCCCAUGCCAGGGGGAUGACAAAAGUCACUGUGGUGGAACCAAAGGCAGCACGCUUUAUUAUUCUCUCUACCACACGGGCAAUUCAGAUGGCAUUCAGCGGGACCCGCGCGGGAGGCCUUUCGAUCUUCCAAAACAACAUGAGACAACGUGGCAUGGAUGCUGGAGUGAACCGCCUCUUACUGAGCAUCACUCACAUAGCUUACAGACCAACACAGUUAUGGGCUGUGCUAGCUACUGCCGGAGGUACAAGUCAACUGUUGCUGCCAUGCGCCAGAAUAGUUGCGUUUGCGCUGAAUCUUAUCCCGAACGCAGCCACAGACGCCCUGACUCCAUGUGCAAAUCUGCAUGCCCUGGGUACCCAUAUGCUGACUGCGCCGGGCCUCAAGCCUGGACUGUUGUCAAUACUGGAUUGGUCAACCAUGUCCCAUACGACAAGCCCAGGCGUAAGGAACAGGCUGAGAAUGGCAAUGACCUGAAUAUCGUAUCAAAGAAGGUGUUGCGCUUGGGCUGCUACAACACGGGAUCCGAUACAUGGGGAGCCGUUCAGGUGUACAUUAGCAAUGCCGGACCUGAAGUCUGCGCUACCAGGUGUAGAAAUAUGAAGUUUCCGGUUUCGGCAUUGCAGGGCAACACAUGCUCAUGUGGGGACAAGAUUCCCCGGAGCAGUAGAGUCGUUGGAUCCCAUUGCAAUCUUUCUUGCCGAGAUGAAGGGUCUUGUGGCGGCGUCAAUACUUGGAGCAUCUUCAACUCGGGACUACAAGCCAGUAUCCAAACUGACGCAAACACAAAACCAUCCCACGGCUGUUUCAAGUUCGGUCGCCUUUUAUCUACGCGCCUUACUCCCCAGCUUCUUCAAGUGGACAUAUAUGGUCCAAAUCGAAGCCGGAAUGGAGGUUCCUGCACUGCCCGUUGCGCUGAAGAGGGCUAUCCUGUGGCUUUGCGACACAGUUCAAAAUGCUUCUGCUCCCCCGGACUCCCGCUAGAGAGGAAACGUGUCGAAGAUGAUUUAUGUUCUUACCAGUGUCGCGGAGACAAAGUUGAAAUGUGCGGUGGCCCCUCUUACGCGUAUACCGUUUACAAGACCGAUGCCUACAUGCCCGAUCUCCAUAAUGAAGAGAAGUCAAAGUCGAAGACGCCGAAGGAAGAGAUCCAAAACCCUUCUCCAGAUGGUAGAUAUCAGUGCCUGCAUCCGGCUUUGGAGAAAGCCAAUGAGAUCUUCAACGUGGUUUCUGACAAACUCACUGUUGUCGCUCAAAAGGUUCAGGCUGGGUUCUUUUGGGUACGUGAUAAGGCGCAGCAUAUUUUUGAUGUCUGUCUCUGGAACGUGAUGGUCUUCUUCUCAAAUAUCUUGUAUCGCUUGGGAUUCUUAUCUGCCGAGGGUGUGGUCGAACUUUAG